AUGUCGCCCCAACGGGCUUGUAGCCUUUUUGCAAUUUUUGUUGCUAUUCUCCUGCCAAUUGCAGUUCAAGGUAUAUUUCUGAGAAUUUUAAUGAUUUUGCUACGUUUACGAACAAUUUUUAUAUGUCCUGAAUUUUCAAACGCGUUCGAGUUCAACGUAUAUUGAUGCUUUCAAGUUUCAGACCUGCACAGAUUCUCAUUCAACAAAACUAGGCCACGAUAGUUUGUUACCUGAAAAUCGGGAAAGUAGCUAAUUUUGAGUAUCUUCUUGCAUAAAAAUAGUUUUUUUUUGUGCAGCUUUCAAAUUCUAAAAUGUUCACGCUGUAGAUAACUUUAAUGUUUCUUGCAAUCUCAAAAAAUUUAUUCGAAAAUUCCUUUUGUUUUCAGAAAACGGUUUUUCAUUCGUUCAGCCAUAAUUUUUCAUACCUACUAUCAUAUUGGAAUUUGAAAGAGGAAAUUUUCUUGGGCCACUAAAUCUCAAAAAAAUGCUGAAUAAUUGCUCGAAACUACUUUUCUAUACUUAUGAAGCGAAUGAUCAUUCCCCUUGGUUUUUUUCCCAGUAUUUUUGAGAAAAGAUCUAUCGAAUCAGAUUCAGAGUUUUGUAUAAUUGUUUGAACUAUAUUUUCAUGCGAAAAAAUUCAGGCGCUUGCCCAUCAACGUACUUUGCGGAGCCCAUUCGUUACGAGGAUGCGGUCGAAAUCGACUUUUUACUACACGGGGUUGGUUUUUUGAUUUUUUUUUUAUUCUGCCGUUUUUGAUAAUUUUUCCUGUUCUUUCUACAAACUAUCCACAUAAUUCAAAUGAUCCUCAAAUGCAUUUUCUUAACGUCCUUCCAUUUCGAAGCGCCGUGUUUGGGUUCAAUCUCGCAGAUCGGCCUUAUCAAGUUCUCACCAGUUUUCGUUUUUCCCACUUUUUCUCCGAGAUGUCGAGAUAUUAUUCGGCGGAGAUAUCAGUCUGGGAUUGAGAGAGUGAUUUUGGUGAUGAUAAAUUUCUCUCUUUCUGAUCAAACGCCGACAAGAAAAAAUUAGAAUGGUUUGAAAUGCAGUUUUUGCUUGGUUUCAUCGGAUAUUCCGGAAAAAGUGAUAGAAUGAGAAAUUUUUUUGAUUUGACGAGGGCUAUUAUUUUUCAGAUUUUUGACAUUUCGACAUCUAACAAAAAAAACAGCGCGAAAAGAUACAAAUUGAAGAUUUUCUUGAAAAUUCGCUGAAAUGGUUUUUCGAACGCGUUAAGAAACUUUUUUUUAUCUAAAAAAUGAGAUUGAUAACUCGGCUGAGAAGAUAAUUACAAAAUUUCAUUUCCAAUAAAUUAAAAUGGUUUAUAGGUUUGAAUAGACUCAGUUGAAAGAAAGAAAAGUUUGAAAAAUAAUAAAAAUUAGUUUUUUUCUUACAAUUUUUGCAUGAUUAAAUUUGUCACCUCAACAUGUCCGCCAAAAGCCGCAUCGCGCACGAAACGCUUUCCUUUUUUCAAACUACCUAUCUUGCUUUUCAAGUCGGCAGAAAAUGACUAUAUCUUCCAAUGAGCGCUUGUUGAAAAUCUUUUUUAAAACGUGAUUAAUUAAGAUGUGGGGUCAUUUUUCCCCCAAUAAGAUGUGAUUCUUCGUAUCUUCAUCGAUUCGAUAUGAAAUGGUUGCUUUUUUCAGAAUAAAUCUCAAGACAGUGACGUCCUGCGCCACUUUCUGCUCACAACGGGAAUUCUGCCGAAGUGCCGUUUACAACAGGAGAACCAGGACUUGUGGAAUCUCCUAUGAUCACACUGUCAGUUGUUCUUCGCGCAGUACUCGCUACGAAGUCUACGACGAGAACUCCACAACUAGCGAUCUCAUCCGAAUCGCCUGCGUGGAUAAGUGCAACCCAGCAAAAGGUUUGAAUUUUACCCUGGCAAACUUGAAAUGAAGCCCUAUUUCAGCAGUAGCUCGUGAUGAAAGCAAAACUGGCGUUUUUCCGAAAAGAGAAGACAUUUUGAAACCGGUGAGUUUUACUGAUUUUUCUGAAAUGAAUAUCCCUUAAAAAACAGCUUGGAUGAGAAGAUUAUCAGAAGAAUAUUUUAACAAAAGCUCCAUCAAUUUCUAGGAGCUCCAGAGUGGUCCCUAUAUGGGCCCUUGAAAGGGUGCUCUAGGGACCACUUUAACGAUACCUACAGAGGUCAAUAAAGCUUGUUGAAAUAAUCCCUAUAAGGUUUUAGUUAGUGGCCCCUAUAGGGGACAUGCUAGUCGAAAAAUUUUAUGAACUCUAGGCGUAUAAGGAUUUCCAUGUGAAACAGUUGAGCUUUAGGAACUAAGGAUUCAUGCCCUAAACCUCUAGAGAGACCACGUUGAUUUUAUCUCUAUAGGGACCAUUUUUUCGGUCUCUUUAGAAGUUGUUUCUCUUUCUAUGCUCUAUAGGGACCACUCUGAAAUCCUUGAGUCAAUUUUCACUGUAGUUAGUUUUUACUGUAACUUUGGGAGUUUUCGUAUAAUAUCUCUCUAUUUUGAUGAAUUAUUACAUACGGUGUUUUUUUCAGAUAGGAAUCAUCACCGGGAACCCUCAUGAUGGUCGUCCAAAGUCCAGAAGCAACACGUCUGAUACCAAGAAAGUUGAUAUAAUAACGGAGGAAUCGUUGGGAUCGUCAAGAGCCGCUGAGAGGCCGAGAGCUGAAGGCUACGUCACUCGCCUCAUUCUCUCCAACAUUACUGGACUGGCCGAUGGAGAGACUGCCAUAGUUGAACCGAUUGCUCUACCGAGUACCGAUGCUGAAACGGACAAGGAAUCUAAGAAAAGUUUGUGAUUUUCAACUUUUUACUUUUUUUUGGUGGUUUAAGCCGUGCGGACUCAAUUUUCUAUCUCACCCCAGUGUAUUCCUAACAAUAACGGUUCACUCAAUAAUUCAAUUAUUCUCUGGCUCAAAAUUUUUGAACUUUUCAAAGCAACUCGUACUCAAAACAAGUUUUUUAUGUAAGUUAUUUCAAACGCCUCAAAUCCGUCUUUCGCCUUUUCGCGGAAUGUCAAGGAUUAGCCUCGAUAAAGUGUCCCAAGACGCAAAAUUCUGACCGUUUUUGGCGUGCUCGAAUACACCCGCAGUUCACAGCUCGCUGCCCUAUUAGGUCAACGUUUUGAGAAGUCAACUUUUUAGACGAAUAAUAAGGUCGUAGAAGACGUUUACGAUUCAUAAUCUUCAGAGCAAUCGCAAAUUUGCUUCCGAACCUUCAAGAAUCGCUACUUGCUUGGGGCAUCUUUUGAAAAUCACGAUGUAUCGUCGGUGAACGAAUGCAGGUGGAAAACUGUCAAUGAGAAAAAAAAAUAAUGAAGAAAUUCCAGAUGCCUUUGUGCAGCGACUUACAGAGAAAAUGGAUUCCAUAAAUGCCGGUCGUUUCAAUAUCGCGCAGGAAACUGCGUUUUGAACAAAGGAAAUCAUUUGUAAGUAUCAGAAGUUUGUUAGUUGAAACAUCAGGCUCGGUGAGAUUCAAAUUUUGAGAAGCAUCAUAACAAAAAUUUGUAUUACAAUAAUCAUACAAUUUUUUUCAUUUUAGAACUAUUCUUAUUCAGUUGUUUUGGCUUCUACCGUAAUUUUACUUUUUUUCAGAGGCAGAUAUGAACAAUUAAAAUUCACUAUUUCAGAAUAUUGUUCAAAAAAAGUAUUCUUUUUGCACAAUUAUAAGAUUUUUUUCAGAGGAAGAUUCGACUUGAUUGACCAACGGAAGUCUCUCUACCAAUAUGUCGAUUGCGACAGUGAUGGUUUCCAAACUUCCAAUAAUCUCAUUACUUUUUUCUUCAGUUCUUCUCGAAGUUGCUAACGGUGUUUGCAAAAACUUCAAAUCUAUGGCAAUGAUGGCAACUACGACGAGAGCCACUGUCGAAACGGACCAACCUACUUCCAUUUUGAGCACUGAACCGACUUCCGCAAAGACUACUCCUGAGUCGAAAUCGACGACCGAAAGAACCACGACGACAACUUCAAAAGCAACAGAAGCCACAACUUUUUCGACUGAAACGUCUGAAAAAACGACGACUUCUCCGAUUCGUAUGUGACACAAAUUCAAUCGUUUACAUGAAUUUGCAAAUUUCAGAAGUUUCGAAAGUUCCUGAAAUCACUACAGAAACUACUCCUGCAAAGGUGGGAUAAUCUGAAUAAUGAUAAUAAUAGUUUAUUCACUGCUCUCACAUUUAUUUCAAUGGAAUUUCAGGAAUCAACAAAGACAUUGUCUGAAACGUCCGAAGCAAGUUCUACGACCAUCCCUCCGACAAAAACGGCGGAUAAGAUCGACAAAACAGCAACUGCCGAAGAAAGCCGAGAAAAGAAGAAAGACAAAGGACAAAUCCGAGGCUGAGCGCAAAAACGUGCCGGAAAAACUCAGCAAAAACCAAAGUCCUGUUGAGAAGAAAGAUGAGGAGCCAAUUGAAAUUCGUAAGCUUUUUUUUAUUGCAUUGGGUUGAAACUUGAUAUUGAAGAAAAUUAUGGGUGCUUCGAAGUUAUUGACGAUCAUCUGAUGGUGAGCGUGGCUGGCGGACUCGAACAUGACGUUUCGCUUGAAGAAUGCCAAUGUCAUUGCGCCAACAGCAAGUAGGUUGAUAUCCUCGAAGAAAAAAAUCAAAAUUCACAGAUUAAAAAAAAUUUUGUUAUCCCUGUGGUUUGACAUUUAUAAGAAGUUAUUCACCAUAAUUUUUAAAAAAUCCAAGUUAUCAACAGAUAGAUUUUCUCUGCUUCCGUUCCCCCCCUAUAAAGCCAAUAAAUCCAAUUUUUUCAGGAAAUCGGGAAAGUAUCCAUUCCAGUGCGCCUCUGCUACCUAUUACCACAUCGAAAGAGACUGUAUCCUCAAUCUUGAGGACCGCUUCAUGCGAAGCAAUCUAUUUGAAAAACAGUUCGUCAACUUCAACGUCUCCUAUGUCGGAAUCACAUGCAGCUUGGGUAAAUCUCCUUCAGGUCUUCAGAUCACCAAGAUUUUCCAGAAAAUGCCCAGAAAAGUACUUCGAGGAUUGCUGAAACCGGAUGUCGUCAGCCCGCUUCAGAAUCAUCGAUGUUGCUGAAGAAGAAAAAGAUGGGAGGUUAUUCCAUAAAAUCUGAGCCACAGCCUUUCAUCGUUUUUUUUCAGAAGAUUCGGACACUUGUUUCGUAGAACUCACCGAUUUCGUUCUUGAAGGUACUGCGGUCGCUGUUGAAACAGGAAUCUCAUCGCAGGUUUUUAUUUCUUUUUGUGCUCGAAUUUGAUUAUAUUUUUCAAGGAAUGCAAAUGCAAGUGUGCUGAGGGACAAAAACACUACGGCGAAGAAUGUCAGUCUUUCCUUUAUUACUAUGACAGCAAUACCUGUCUAAUGAACAAACAAAACAGGUAAUUUUGUUCUUACAAGAUUUAAAAAAAAUGUCGAUACAGAUUCUCCAACCCAGAAAAGUUUAACUUCGUACCAAGCGCGAACCAACGCCGUAGCUAUUUUGAGUGGACCUGCGCUAGUAAAGGUUUUUAGUUUUCUAAAUGGAUUUUUAUUUUAUUUCUCAACUUUACAGAAGAAGAUAGAAAGAAUUAUUUGGAAACAGCGUGUUUAUCAGUUAGAGAAGAAAUCAUCAAUGGAAAUACGCUUAACGCCGAUGAGAAAUCUUUGAAGGUGGGAAACAUUGGUUUCAUUUUUAAAAAAUAUCAUUUUUCAGUACGAAAAAAGUAUCGAGAAAGAAGAUUCAAGUUCUGCUAGCAGUUCAACAGAAGUUAAAAAGGAACAUUCAACUCCAGUUCCAUCUACUAUCGCUCCAUACGACCCUGAAACAUCGGUGAAAAAAGAAGAAACUUCCAGCAAAAAGCCGAUUGAUGAGAAAAAAUCAGAAGAAUCUCCUAAGAAAGAAGAAAAUGUGAAGCCGGAUCGGAACGUUGGCGUAAAGCCCAUGGACUUGAAAGUAUUGGAAGAAGCCAUAAAAACUCAAGAAAAAAGAAAAGAGGAUAGAAAAAUGACCCCAGAGCCCAAUGAAACGAAAAAAUCGGAAAAGGCUGGGAAAAAUCAGAUAACACAGGAAAAAGGCGAUGAAACAAAACCUACCGAUCAGAUAUCAUCAGAAAUCUCUGGGAAAAAUCAAGAAACAGCUAAACUGGGCGAUAUCGUUGGCGUUAAGCCUCUGGAUCCGAGAAUUUUGGAAAAAGCCGAACCGAAGAUGAAGCGAGAAGAAGAUAUUGAACAAGUUCCUGUGAAGCCGCUUUCCCCAGAAAAACUUGAACAUCUUGAGGUUUAAUAUAAUCUUCAUACAAUUUCACAAUUUUUUCAGGCUCUGAAGCCAGCAACACCAGUUGAAAAACCAACCGAGCUUCCUUCCCUUCCAUCUCUUGAGAUUCAAACGCCGUCACCAGCUGAACUAGAAAAAUACACCAAAGUGAAGGCUGUGGAAGGCCCGAUCAAUUUUGAAACAAAGAAAUCGAAGUCGAAAAACGCUGAGCCAAAACGAAAGGUUGUGGUUGGAAAUUGUAUUCAUGAUAACUGUUAUUUCCAGGUUUCGAAAUCGAAUCCAGCAAUCCCAGAAGCGGAAGGAUUCAUGGAGGACGAACUCGAGGAGACUAUCACCAACACCUUGGUAACAUUUUCAUCUUAGAAUGUCUAGAAAUUAAGUUUCCAGUCGGCUGAAUUAGAUGAAGAAACGUCAACACUGCCAUCUCCUACGACAUUUGAGACUAUUCCAUCAUCAAAAAAACACAGUUGGUUAUAUUUUUUUAAAUUGCGAAAAAGUAGAAAUUUUCAGACAAUCAAGCCCGCCAAGGGAACAAGGAGUCAAGACUCACAAAUUUGAUGACAAAAUUGACAAGGUUGUCGAAAGUUUUUCAAUGAACUUUCAGAAAAAUUACAUAUUCUUAGAACUCCGAAUCACUCUUGCAAAAGUUGACGACCACUUCUACUCCAAAACCAGUGCCGAAAACAACGACAGUGAGUUCGGAGCGUUUUUCAAAGAAUGAGUAAAAAAAAUAACGAAAAUUUGGAGUUUUUGUGAACUUUCUUAAGAUUACCAGACGAGAGAAAUUGCUUUUUUUGUAUCUUGCAAAAAAACUCCAAUUCCCAGAAGUAUUCAACUUGCCUUGAUAUUCUUUUUUUCAAAAAUCUUCGAAAAAGAUUGAAAAAAAUUGGAUUUAAACUCACCAUACAAGUUUUUUUAUCAAUUAACUCAAAAAAAUCUUGAAAAAAACACUUUUUUUGUCCAAAUUGUGAAAUUUCAGAGAAUUAUCUCUUUUUUUUCGGAUAAAUUUUUCAUUGAAUCUUUGUUCGAUGACUUUAGGCAAAUGAUGAAUAAACUUGAUAUUCCACGAGUAUUUAAAAAGAAAAAAACAUCAAGUACCAAAUUUCGUGCCAUAAUCGCAACCUUUUUUUCGAAGUUAAAAAUCAAAAAAUUGAAACUAAAGAAUAAUGUGGUAUUUGGACUAUGAACCAUAAACAAAAAAGAGCCCUAAUAGAAGAAUGAUUCCUUUGAGAAGUUAAAGAAAAAAGUUUCAGAUAGCGACGACGACAACGACGACAAUAGGGUAUCCACCGGCUGGCCGGUGUACCUAUUCUGCCCUCUACCAGACUUCUUUUGUCGGCCGACGCCUUUUGAAGACAGUUCAAGUAAAGACGCCAGCCGACUGCUUUGCCGCGUGUUUCGCUUUGCGUUGCCGCUCAGCUAAUCUCAGCGCCCAAGGAGGAGGUGGGAAACGUUUCAAAACUUUUUGUUUUCAAAUUGACAGAGCAAAGUUCAUUUUCUGUGGAUUUUUAAUGUUUCAAGUUAUAAGGUUGUCGUCAUUAAGAACAAUAAAAUAGACUAAUACAUAAAAAAAAAACUAUAACCUUUGUAGGUUUCAACAGCUGCGAGCUUUUCCGUGAUUCUCUCAUCGACUAUCGACGUCCAGACAUGAUCGGAUUCGAAGCUUCUACCGUGUAUUUUGAUGGAAUUAACUGUGAUGGACAAUAA